AUGGCCGAAGAAGAAAUUGCCGCCCUUGUCAUUGACAAUGGCUCUGGUAUGUGCAAAGCUGGUUUUGCGGGCGACGAUGCUCCUCGUGCUGUCUUCCCCUCAAUCGUCGGUCGGCCACGCCACCAAGGCGUUAUGGUUGGAAUGGGGCAGAAGGACAGUUAUGUUGGUGAUGAGGCGCAGUCAAAGCGCGGUAUUCUUACGCUCAAGUACCCUAUCGAGCAUGGCAUAGUAACCAACUGGGACGAUAUGGAGAAAAUUUGGCACCAUACGUUCUAUAACGAGCUUCGUGUUGCACCCGAGGAGCACCCUGUGCUAUUGACUGAGGCGCCGCUAAAUCCUAAGGCCAACCGCGAAAAGAUGACUCAGAUCAUGUUUGAGACCUUCAACGCACCUGCGAUGUACGUGGCCAUCCAGGCCGUGCUUUCUCUCUACGCUUCUGGCCGCACAACUGGUAUCGUGCUCGACUCCGGAGAUGGUGUGACACAUACUGUCCCAAUUUACGAAGGCUACGCGCUGCCACACGCAAUCUUGCGCCUUGAUUUGGCAGGACGUGACUUAACUGACUACCUGAUGAAGAUCCUCACCGAGCGCGGGUACAGUUUCACCACUACGGCCGAGCGUGAGAUUGUCAGGGAUAUCAAGGAGAAGCUAUGCUACGUCGCCCUGGAUUUCGAACAGGAAAUGGCCACGGCUGCCCAGAGUUCAUCUCUCGAGAAGAGCUAUGAGUUGCCCGACGGACAGGUGAUCACAAUUGGCAACGAGCGCUUCCGUUGCCCUGAAUCGCUCUUCCAGCCUAGCUUCCUUGGAAUGGAAUCUGCGGGCAUCCACGAAACAACCUACAAUUCUAUCAUGAAGUGCGAUGUCGACAUAAGGAAGGAUCUCUACGCCAAUACUGUCCUUUCUGGUGGAACAACCAUGUAUCCAGGUAUAUCGGAUCGUAUGCAAAAGGAGAUCUCGUCGCUGGCGCCCAGCACGAUGAAAAUAAAGAUCGUCGCUCCCCCCGAGCGCAAAUAUUCUGUCUGGAUAGGCGGCUCUAUCUUGGCCUCUCUCUCCACUUUCCAGCAAAUGUGGAUAUCGAAGCAAGAGUACGAUGAGUCUGGCCCUGGCAUUGUUCACCGAAAAUGCUUCUAA